GUAAAUAAUGUCUGUCUAUUGAAUGAAAAACCUUAAAAAAAAUCGAUCUCCAGGUGCGCGCCUCGGAGAUGUCUGAGUCCAGUAAUUAUCCUGGAGGCUGGACCCUGCGCUUCCCCCGAGUGGAAAAAAUCCGCGAGGAUAAGCCUUUCGACGACUGCUGCACCCUCAGCGAAUUGCAGGGGCUCAGAAGUCGGAAGGGAGUUGUUCAGAAGCUGACGAAGAGACAUGCGACUGCUGAAGACAUCUGGGAAGUCCCUGAGAAGAAGAGGAAGGAGAGACAUACGACUCCAGCGAUCAAAGUCGAUGAUUGCUACCUGGGGAUCAAUGAUUCCGACGUUGUGAGGGUGAGCAGGGUCUUCAUGGGGAAGGAGUUCUGCGUGAUGAAUGGGGAGAGGAUGCAGGGGGAAGAGAGAGGGAUGACGAAGGGUGAGAUUGAGAGACUCCUGAUGGAGCACUUCGGGAAAAUCGUGCAGAACCCGGGGAAGGAGACGUUUUGCGUCGUCGCCGGGGACUCCCAGGGGAUCAGGGUGAGGAAUGUUGUUGAGGGCAGGCUUCAUGACGUCGUCAGGGUCGCCUGGGUGACGAGAGCUACUAGGGAGGAGAAUCUGGGGGGAAUUGUUGAGUUUUUCCCCUGGGAGAUGAUUGGGAUGACGAAGAAGACGUUGGAGAGACUGAAGGAGAGGUUUGAUGAUUAUUAUGAUGACUAUUUUGAGGAGGCCGAUGAGGAGAGGGUCAGGAGGUCGGUUGAACGCGUCUCGAGCCUGAAGGAUGAUGAUGAGGUUGCCUUGACGAGGAGGGGGGUUGGGAGGCUGGAGAGGGAGAUGUUUGGGGGGACUUCCCCUUUUGGGAUAUUCAGGGGGUUGGUGGGGGUUUUUGUGGAUGAGAGGGAUGUGAGGACUUUUGAGUUUAGGUUUAUGGGGGGGGAGGUCAGGGGGGAGGUGGAUGAGGCAGUGACUGAUGUUUUUGUGGGGGAGGGAGAGGUUGGGAUUAUUGAAUUGUAUGGGAGGAUCAAUGAGAGGGGGAGGGCUGAUGUGAGGAUUGUGAGGAGUCAAUGGAUUGAGGAGAGUUUUAGGGAGGGGAGGAUUUUGGAUAGGAAAGGGUACACUCUCACAUGA